UGUGACCUCAUUCUGCUUCUCUGCCUCUGGUUUCGCAGGCUGAUUUUGAAAGAAAACAAGAGGGUGGGAAGGCUGACUCUCCCCAGAACUACGCACUCGAGUCUCUGUUCUAAGAAACCUUCCAAAGGACAGGGGCCGGGCCACGGAAGACCACUUCUCUGCAAACGCCUGCACACGGUGAUCUGGGUAGAAGGAGGAAGGGGUUCCCUUUCUCGCGGGGUUUCUGCACCUGUUGCCAUUGUGACAUCCAGUUUUCGACUGAAGAUCGGCUCAGUCCUCGGUUUCUCCGCUGCCGCCCACAGGAAGCUGCACACUUCAAAAAUCUGUGAAGUUUGAACAAACGGCCUUCCAAAGAUGCACCGAGUAACUCAUCUGAUGUCAACGCCAGCAGCAAGUAAAUCUUCUGCAGGUCCUUCGGAGUCAGAGACGGAGUUUGCUGGAGAGCUGCCUCCCACGUGCAUUUCCCCCAGUCUUUCCUGUGAUUUCUUGGACGGUGAGAGUUCUUUUGAAUGCUGCUCUAUAGACCUCCCGACGGGCUCCUAUUACACCUGUCGCCGAAGUCCCAGGCUCCUCACCAAUGGCUACUACAUUUGGACAGAAGACAGUUUCCACAGUGACAAAGAUGGCAACAUAACUCUGAGCCCGUCCCAGACCAGUGUUAUGUACAAGGAGAACUUGGUUAGAAUAUUUAGAAAGAAAAGGAAGUUCCGUCGCUCCCUUUCUUCUCUCUUCGACCUCAGUGCCUCUGAAUCCUGGCUACAAGCAAGUAUCUUUGAUGCUGACUCUUCCCUAAGGGAAGACAAGUGGUUGGAAGGAGGCAGGAAGCUGGACACGUACCAUUGCGGUCAAAAUGGCGAUGAUUUUGACUUUUCUUCUCUGGCUGAUGACUGGGAACCAAAAAAACUAAAUGCAGAGUCUGCAAAAGGCUGCUCCUCUGGCCACACCGGAUCUCAGCCUGCCAGAGAAAAUUCCCAGGACGGGACUCUGCGGUGCCAAUUGACAGCAUCGGGGUAUUUCCAAGACAGCACGUUGGAUCAUUCAAAACCCAGCUCAUUGCGAGAGGUCUCCUUUCAGGCUAUUCUGUUUGCUGCAUGCUUAAUCAUUUCUGCCUGCACAAGAUGCUUUAUGGGAGGCAUGUUAACCAGUGUCUUCACGUGUUCGGUGAUGAUAACUGUAGCUUGUGUUCUCAAAUCAUUGCUGCUUAGCCUCGCAGGCCAUUUCAAAGCCACCGCCUGUGCUUGGCUUGCCAAAAUUUGACAACCAUUUAGGAAUGCCUCUGAUGAAUGUCUCCAAUCUGAAUAUCCGGAAAUUGUCCGGCUUGCAAUCUACUUGGAAUCAAACACUUUAUUGGAAAGGAAGGAGCAACUGGAUAAUUGAGAAAAAACACUGUAAUUUGGCUAUGUGAUUUAAAAAAAUCUCAGUUUCCCCUUGUAAUUGCAAUAUGUUCAUGAAAAUUAUAUUAAUUUUCCUUUCCUUUGCAAGUACUGACAGUUUGAAGGGGAAAGGACUGUGAACAUGCGACAAAGAACAGACUAACUGGAGGGAAAGUUCCCCUUUCACUCCCCAAGACAGUGGUUCACAAACAUUAGUCUUCAUUAGAGAAUUCUGUGAGGAGCUCGUAGCCAUGCAGGGUUCUGGACCAGGCGGCAUGCACCUAUCCCUUGCUGAACUGCUGUAACUGAACAAUAAAGUAAGUGUCCAUUAUCAAUAACAUUUGAAAUAAAGAAUGUUCUUUGCACAUUCAACAUGAUGUUGCAAGCAUUCAUCAUUCACCCCAAAAGAUGAAGCUCAAUACUCGGGGGUGACAAUAGCUAUCCUAGUUUGGAUAUGUUUUGCUCCUAUGUGUUCAUGCGUUUGGAAAUUGGUCCUUAGUGUGACAAUGGUGACCUUUAAGAGGUGACAUCCAGUGGGAGGUGCUUAGAGGCCAGAGGGCCCUGGCUCAGGAGGGAUUAAUGUAGUUCUCAAGGAACCCCAAUUCGUCCCCUGUCUCACCAUGUGGUCUUUCCUCCUUGCACGCCCUCUUGCCAUUGUGAUUCUGUCCACCAAGAGAUCCUCACCAGAGCUAAGCAGAUGCUGGUGCCCUGCCCCUGAACUCCUAUAAAUGUGAACUAAAUAAACUUGUUUUCUCAUUAAGCACCCAGUCUCAACUAUUUCAUUAUA